CCGCAUGAGGAUCAAGCCUUCACUCGCCGCUAAAACUUAUGACAGACAACACCGAGCGAGAGGGGAAACUGUCUCUUUUCAUGUCACCAUAAGGAACUUUCUACAUGACGACUGCAUCCUUUCAGAAAAGAAGCUAACGCACGACAAAGUUGUAUAUUUUUCGAGGAUUACCUCCACUUGACCGGGAUUUCAUAGCCUGGUGGUCGAGGUUAUGGAUUUUAACCUUCUUACGGACAGUGAGGCUCGUAGCCCGGCACUGUCUCUCUCUGACUCCGGGACUCCUCAACACGACCCAGGAUGCAAAGGCCAAGACAACAGUGACACAGAGAAGUCUCAUCAGAACCACACGGAUGAGUCAAACCCAGAGGACGGCUCUCUGAAGAAAAAGCAGCGGCGGCAAAGAACACACUUCACCAGCCAGCAGCUCCAGGAACUAGAAGCCACCUUUCAGAGAAACCGUUAUCCUGACAUGAGCACGCGAGAGGAGAUUGCUGUGUGGACCAACCUCACAGAAGCAAGAGUACGGGUGUGGUUUAAAAACCGGCGUGCCAAGUGGAGGAAGAGAGAAAGGAACCAGCAAGCUGAGCUUUGUAAGAAUGGUUUUGGUGCUCAGUUCAAUGGACUCAUGCAGCCGUACGAUGACAUGUACUCAGGCUAUUCCUACAACAACUGGGCAACUAAGAGCCUGGCCAGCAGCCCCUUGUCAGCCAAAAGCUUUCCUUUCUUUAACUCCAUGAAUGUAGGUCCCCUGUCCUCCCAGCCCAUGUUCUCACCACCCAGCUCCAUCCCUUCCAUGAACAUGGCCUCCUCUAUGGUGCCCUCGGCAGUGGCAGGGGUGCCCGGCUCUGGCCUCAACAACCUGGGAAACCUGAACAACCUGAACAGCCCCACCCUCAAUUCUGCAGCCGUAUCAGCAGCUGCCUGUCCUUAUGCCACCACGGCCAGCCCGUACAUGUACAGAGACACCUGUAACUCAAGUCUGGCCAGCCUUCGGCUCAAGGCCAAACAGCAUGCCAACUUUGCUUACCCGGCCGUGCAGAACCCUGUGUCCAACUUAAGCCCCUGCCAGUAUGCUGUGGACCGGCCAGUAUGAAGUCUCUGUGUCUGUUCCUAUACAACCCCAACCCAAACUUUAAGCCCUUGUCUAGCCAAACCCACAUCUGACUCUGAGGCAUCACCCUGCAAUGCUCACUUGUUUUAAAAAAUAUGUGGUUUUCUGAAAAGGCCUAGCGCUACAGGAAGAGGCCUCACGAGGAAAAGAGAGAAUUAACCUCACAAUGGACCAUGUCUCAAAGAACUCAUGCUUGAACAUGCAGAGACUUUGUUGCUGAACCGACCAACUGUUUAAAAGCUUUUGUCCACUGCAUGAUUAGAGUGAAAUACUAAAAGGACCUAAAUACUUUCACUGCACUAAUGGGAAGACCUUGCAAGGCAAAAAUAACCCAUCACCAUCAAUCCUAGGCAGAUGAUGUGAUACUGGUACAGGCGAGAGGGUGUACAUAAUCGACUCUGUAUUGUAUGUGAUAAUAAUAUCUUGGAAAUUUAGUAUUUUAUGAUGAGAAGAGCAUGUUCCACAAGAGAAGAGCCUAAACUGAUGUACCAUGAUGUACCUCCUCAAGGAAUUUUAAUCUUUGUUGUGAAUUCCAUUCACCCAAGGUCAGAGGUCAAGGGUCAAAGGUUGUUGUAAGAUGACAAGACAACCCCUAGCAGUGAGUAGUUUCAGAAGAAAAGAAAAUAAGUACAUAAAAGCUCUAUCAGAAUACAAACAAUUAGGACCUUUUACUUUUCUUUUUUUGUUCCUUUUUUUUUAAAGAUUUAACUAAAAAGCCAUUGAGUAAAUAGAUUUGUGUGGUGUUCUAAAAAAGGGAGUCUAUGACUGUAAUAUAAUGUAUGUAAGAGUGCAGUUGUUAUAAAACAAGCUUUUCCUGGUGUA